GGUGCUGGAGGCUGAGAUUUCGUGAAAAGAGAUUUGCUAGCUCAUCCUGCUGCAUUGUGUCUUGCAUGGUGGUUGCGGUUGGGGGAUUCACUAGGCCACUGGCUUGGGCACCGCACUGAGAUGAGAAUUAGUGACUAUCAUAAGUUGCGAAACUAGGCUUACGUGAUUGCAAGUCUGGAGCUGUGAGAAAACUGCUGCUGUGUAGGCUACUGGAGUGUGAUAGUUGCAAGACAUGCAGAAGUGCGUUAGAACUGGCUGCAUAUAUCCUGAACAGACGACUGUGGACGCCCGUGGUGGCUGAAACUAUGGAUUAAUCGAGUGAGUAUUCAAUCGUUUGGUGUUUGGUAGGAAUUUUUCCACCGCGCCACGAAUCGUGGUGCAAGUAGACGCUGAUCUAUAAGAUACGAGCGGUGUGCAAGACGGCGUGAUUUGCCCCGCUUCUGGCAGAUGAGGGACUUUACAAGAUGUCGCAACCGCUCUCCGACGACGCGAAUUCAUCAACGCCUAGAGAUCCAGCUCCAAGCUCGACAUCGACGCUCAAGGCGAUAAUCCACCACUCUCGACUCAACAAUACCAAUUUGAACUUCUCAACCUCUGUAGAAGGUCCCAUCUCGAUCACCCAACUCUUUAUCCGACGAUCUCGGCUGUCAACCACAAUAGAAGCCUUACCUCCGUCACCUCCAUUGCUCAGCCAACAUGGAACGGGCUAUGACCUGACAAACUCCGUUUUCUCGCCUGAUGGCCGCAACUUCCAAGUUGAAUACGCUGUUAAGGCUGUUGAGAACGGUGGCACUGCAAUCGGUAUAAGAUGCAAGGAUGGCGUCGUGCUUGCGCUCGAAAAGCUCGUCACCAGCAAGUUGCUCAAGCCCAACGCCAACAAGCGGAUAUCGACCAUCGACCGCAACAUGGGAGUCGUCUCCUCUGGCCUUCUGCCCGAUGCACGCCACUUUGUCUCACGCUCUCGGGAAGAAGCUGCCUCUUGGCGCCAAAUGUACAAAGCGCCCAUUCCGGUCUCUGCGCUCGCUGACCGCAUGGGCCAAUACACACAAGCGUACACACUGUUCUCGUCUGUACGACCAUUCGGCGUGACGUCCAUCAUUGCCGGCUGGGACAGUGAGGCAGAGGUUGGUGUCGACGGACAAGUUGGCUCAGGCCCAAGUAUAGGUGCGGGUGGCAAGCAGGACAUUAAGAAGAAGGGUGGACCAUAUCUGUAUAUGAUUGAGCCGAGCGGGAUGUAUUGGGCAUACUACGGUGCGGCGACGGGCAAGGGACGGCAGAGUGCGAAGAGCGAGCUGGAGAAGCUUGAUCUAGCGGCAGGAGAGCUGAGUCUGGAGCAGGGGAUCAAGGAAGCGGCGAGAAUCAUCUACGUGGCGCACGAGGACAGCAAAGAUAAAGAGUUUGAGCUGGAAAUGUGCUGGGUGAGCUCGUUGGCUGGACCGACCAAGGGAAGAUUUGAGGAGGUGCCGAAAGAUCUGAGGGAGGAGGCAGAGAAGUUGGCUAAGAAGGCGAUUGAGGGUGACGAUGAUGAAGACGAGGAGAAGAUGGAGACUUGAGCGUGUACUCUGUACUGCUGUAGUUGAAGCAUAUCGGCGCGCGAUGGAAAAUGAAUAGAGAUCAUAGCAAGCCUAUUUAAUUCGAAGCUUCGAAAAGACUCUUCUCGGUCAAUCGUAUGGAGCUACUAUAACUUUCAGAUUCAUCGUGGAGCUUCGCUAUCCCUAUACUCAAAUCACUUCUCGUUGCGAUUGUGUCUCUUUGUUGAUGUGUACUUCCGUGUAACAACCGAGACAAACCUCCUCUUGUAAGAAUCACAGC